CGAAGCUUGACCCCUGCAGCGUCUCGUCUCCAAUUGAACCUCAACACCAGACCAACCCAAUCCAAUCCAUUUCGAACACGCCCGACUGCGACACCGUUCACGUCACAUAACAAACAUCGACCUUUCCCAUUUUCACCACCCAAUAUGUCUGCACGCCUUGCCUCCGCAGGCGCUCGAAGCCUCUUCGCAGCUUCUCAACCCAUGCGAUCGACCGUAACCCGAACCUUCAGCUCGACUUCCAAGCUUGCCGAUACUACCGUUGCUUUGCCGGCUCGCAAGCCUGUCGGUGCCUUCCGAGGAGGUCUCUUCGGCUUCCUGCUCGGCAGCACACUUGCCGGCGCCGGUGUCUACGGUUAUGUUCUACAAGAGUACAAGGCAUCGAACGAGCUCCUGACCGAGGAUAUAUAUGCGCUUCAGGCCAGCUGCCAACGAUUGAGCAAGUACGUCCAGGCGUUGGAGGAAAAGAUGGAUGCUUCUGAACGAAGAAGGAAAUGAGCGAGGAGUCUUGCGUGCUGUUUGGAACGCCAGGGAGGAAUAUGGGACUUGCAACGGAACGUGACGAGAGCAUGCCUUUCUUAAACUGGUUCAACAAGGGCGAGCGUGGCUAAGCAAGAGACUGUACAACAAUAUUCACGAGUCUGUACAAUGGCAUAUUUCCGCGACCACACAAAAAGUUUGCUCCUUCUUUCAAAAUGCAACGUAAUUGCUGCAUCUGACACCUGUCGUUGGCAGCUCGUGUCGUGAAUGCUACUUGCUCUCAGUAGAAGAAGAGGGCAUCGUGCAAUAUAUUCAUGCCGAACAAUGCUUGUAUCUUUUCACGUCGAAGCAGACUCUAACAAGGUUUGGGACGAAGUACAUAUACCCAGUCAUCAGAGAUUGGUGGGCAAGCCAAGUACUGCUUUGACAAGGACAUCGAUCAAGGCGC